AUUCACCAAAACUUCCUUUCUCCAUUUUACCAUUUCUCAGUCUAUAUGUCUCGACUAGAUGCAUUAAAGUUCUUCAUUCUUUAACAAAUUCCUCCUUUCAUCCAUUAUUCAACAGCCUGAUAAAAGUAUGUCCUUAAACACACCUCCUGAAAUACCUAUCGGUGACAACAGGAUCUUCCAGCUCUACUGGUGUUACCAGUGCCAAAGAACCGUCAGAAUCGCCUCUGAAAACCCAUCUCAAAUCAUCUGCCCACGCUGCUUCGGCCAAUUUCUUGAUGAAAUUACGGUCACAAGACCAGCAUUAAUAGACUUGUUCACAGAAUUCGACCCCUCCCCUGAAUCCCGAAUACUAGAAGCACUCACUCUCAUGCUAAAUCCCUCACUGGGAAUACCUGCAAGAAACAAUCAAAAUCUUGGGCGUCAACCUAGAAACCGCAGGCUUUCAAGGCGGAACCGCAUCAACAUUGAAGAAAAUAUAGAUGAUUUUGUUCCUGAAGCUGGAAUUCUAGCACGGCCACGAGAUUGGAUAAUACUGAGACCAGACAUUCCAUUGCCCGAUAAUCAAACACGAAACCCCAGGAUUGAUCCCGGAAACUACUUUCUAGGGCCAGGACUAGAAGCAUUAAUACAAGAAAUAACGCAAAAUGACAGGGAAGGGCCUCCACCGGCUUCGGAUUUAGCCAUUAAUGCUUUGCCAGCAGUCAAAAUUACAGACAGACAUUUGGUUGACGACUCUAGUUGUCCAGUUUGUAUGGAGGAGUUUGAGGUCGGCGGUGAAGCAACAGAAUUACCCUGUAAUCACAUCUACCAUUCUGAUUGUAUAGUUCCGUGGUUGAGGCUUCAUAAUUCUUGCCCAGUCUGUCGCCAGGGAUUGCUGGUGCCCACCGAUAAUGAGGUCGAGGAGUCGAGAGAUAGUAACAAUAAUGUGGACGCAAGUAGAAAUCAGAGUCGUUGCUUUAGACUAGGACGCUUCCUGCGUUCAUUCUGGCAUUCUCGCUCCAGUAUUCAUCCACUUCAUCAUUCUCCACAGGCCCAGGAACCUAGUACUGCAACUUCUCGCCGCGUCGAACAGAGUUGCAUUAUACUAUAAGACUCUGGAAAGGGCAAUGUGUUGAAAGAAAAGCUAAAAUGGGUUCAAUGUAUGGGUAGUAGAACAUGGUAAGCUCUUUAUAUUCCUAUGUUGCUACUUCAGAAUAAGAUUCAUCGGUUGGGCGUUCUGGAUUGA